AUGUCAUUGCAUCAAACGUUCACGAAAUCAAAAGAAUUCGAUGGUCCUCUUAUUAUGGAUGGAGGCAUGGCAACUGAACUUCAAUCCACUCACGGAAAGAACCUUUCUACAGACUUGUAUUCCUCCGAAUAUUUAUAUAAAGAUCCUAAUGCAAUACGUAAUGUACAUCUUUCUUACUUUCGUGCUGGAGCUGAUAUAUGUCUAACUUGUAGUUAUCAAGCAUGGGUUGCUGGCUUCAUAAAAAAUGGGUUCAGCGAAGAUCAAGCAAAGGAAUUAAUGUUAAGAUCAAUACAAUUGGCAAGUGAGGCAAGAGACACUUUUUGGUCAGAAUAUCUUUCAAAUAAUGACAGCAUCAACAACAACAGUAAGAAAAGAAUAAAACCAUUAAUUGCACUAUCAAUUGGACCAUAUGGUGCAACACUAGCAAAUGGAUCAGAAUAUACAGGCGAUUAUGGAACCAUAUCAGAUGAAGAAUUAAGAGAGUUCCAUGAAUCACGUCUUCGAGUCUAUCGAUCGGAAUUUUCGCGUGUUGACUUUAUUGCUUUUGAGACUGUGCCAUCUUUACACGAGGCGAAAAUCAUUUGUCAAGUUCUAUCAAAUAUGGAGAAAGAUGAAUCAUUACCUCCUUGUUGGAUUUCUUUUUCAUGUAAAGAUGGAACACGCAUUUCGCACGGUGAAUUGAUAGUAAAAUGCGUGGAAGCAAUAUGUAGUAGUAAAGCGAAUUCAUUAGUAUUCGGCAUCGGAGUCAAUUGCACAAAUCCAAAAUUUAUUGCACAGUUAAUUCAAAAAAUUCGUCAAACUUUAGAUUUGUUUAAUGAUAAUAAAUGGGUUCUUUGUUAUCCGAACGGAGGAAACGAGUGGGAUCCGGUUACUAAUGAUUGGGAUAUAAACAGUGGAGUAAGUGCAGAUGUAUUUGCAGAGUAUGCAAGGAAAUGGGUUAAAAACGAUAGUAAAGUAGCAGUUGGCGGUUGUUGCAAGACUACUCCCGAAUAUAUUGAAAAGAUUAGGAAUCAAAUUUUUGAAUAA